ACAGCAGAGGGCGCAGGAGGGCCUCGCUCACUGCAGUAGGUAGGACCUCUGUGUGACGUCGAAGUCUUAGCUCUGGAGUUCACCUCAUGAGGAUCAGGAUCUCGUCAGAGGGUUCAGCCCAGGAGGCCAUGACAGGUGUACCUGUCUCUAACGUCUGUGCUCAGGUGUGACUCCGCUCUGGGCAGACUGCAGCAGGAGGCUCAUCAGGUCUGUAGCAGGAGAGGAGAACAAAGAGGAUAGAGUCAAACAUGAGGCAGAGCUGCUCCGAUCACUGAAGGGAUUACCGGAGACAGCUCAGAUGUGUUAUCUGAUGCUCAGGUGUCCUCAGUCCCAGGUGUGCUUGAUCAUCCUGACAGAUUAACCUCUGAACAUUAAAAUCAUCCUCAGCUUCACAAACCAUCACUGAACCACAGAGAGGGCUCUCCCUCAUACCUCACACCUGGACCUGACAGCAUAAUCCAGCACACCAGGAUUACGCAGACAGCCUGCACCCGCACUGCUCAAAGACAGUUCUGGAUCAGCGUCGUGCAGCAGAGCAGAGAAGCUAAGGAGGAUCAGGGGGGUGAGAUGAGGGUCCACCUUCAGGUGAGUUCAGGUCUGGAUGCUUCAGAUCCUGGUUCUCUGAUAAGAUGAAGAACAGUUGGAGUAAACAGCGGAGAUAAAGUCAGAGUCCUGAUCUCAGGGUCUUUCAUUAGUUCAGCUCAGAGCGCUCUGAGAGGGGGAGCAGUUUGUGUCUCUGAACAUUCACUCUUCAUGAAGCAGAUCCUGAAUCCUCCAGAGACCACAGAUCAGAGCCACAGAGCUGAGCUCAAAGAGGUCCACAUGCUGGAGACACUGAUUACUUCCUGCUGAUCUAGAAACAAACAGGGAGCUGAGGAUGAAGCCUACUCACCUGGCUAACAGCUACAGCACACCCACCUGUCACUCAAAGAGGCCACGCCCCUAAUCCUCAAUUUAACCCUUAAUCUGCUGUAAACAGGCAGAGAUCUCCAAAAGGUCCAGAUUCACUGAGACGAGGAACAGGCAGAGACCUCCAACAGAACCAGAAUCUUUAAGACCAGCACCAGACUCUCUGAGACCAGAUAUCUGCUCUGACAUGGAAACAGUAAAACAAGUGUCAGAGCUGCAGCCGUCCUGAGUCACAGCAGCAUGAAGCUGAUUUAAAUAAAUUCCUCCUUGAGACGGAUCGUCACGCUCACCUGAAGACACCUGAGACCAGGAGAGGGGACUUUAUGUGAGCUCAGCCUACAAACACAGAUGAUAAGAGGAUGUGUGGACUCUGACUCUCUGAGCCGUCAGAGGCUGUAGACGGACUCAUGAAACGCCCCAAGUCCCCCCUCCUCCCGCCCGGGCCUCCCUCAGAGUCUCCCCGCUCCUCAGGACCAUCCCCCCGGCCAGCUGCAGAGGAGGACCCGGAGCUGCAUAGGAGGACCCGAAGACUCAGACCGAGACUGAGACCCGGACCUGUUCCUCUUCGGAUCCACAGAACAUGAACCGGGCAGGAUCCGUUUUUACCUGAGACCGGAUCUGAUCUCCCAGGGAACAUGAAUGACAUCAAGAUCGCAGUUUUAGGAAGCGAGGGAGCAGGAAAGACAGCUCUGAUCGUCCGGUUCCUCACCAGGAGAUUUAUCGGAGAGUACGCUUCUUCUUCAGAGAGCAUCUACAGGAAGCGUGUGUCAGUGGACGGGAGGCAGGUGAACCUGGAGCUCUAUGACCCCUGCUCUCAGCCUUGUGACGGUAAAUCCACGUUAAACGAUCAGAUCCUGUGGGCCGAUGGGUUCAUCGUGGUCUACGACAUCAGUGACUACUCCUCCUUCAUCACGGCUACCGCCAUAGUUCACCUGAUCAGAGAGACACACCUGGGGACUGCUAAGAGGGACGUGGACUCUCUGGUCUUCCUGGUUGGGAACAAACAGGAUCUGUGUCACCUGAGGGAGGUCAGGCGUGAGGAGGCUCAGCGUCUGGCGUCCGAGUCUCACUGCCACUUCUACGAGCUGUCAGCUGCCGAGCAGCACCAGGAGGUGGCGCUCAUUUUCUCCAAGAUGGUGCAGAACGCCAGUGUGGGCGUGAAGGCCAAAGAGCGUCGCAGACGCCCGAGCGGGUCCAAGUCCAUGGUCAAACUGAUCAACAACGUCUUCGGGAAGAGGAGGAAGUCCGUGUGAGGACACGAGGACAGCUGUUAGGACUGAACACCUGAGACCCCCUGAGACCCCCUGAGACCCCCUGAGACCCCCUAACCCUGCUCCUGUGUGCUGGAUCAUGUUCUCCAGUACUUAAAGUCUGAUUAUAAAGACGUGCUGACAGCUUGUCGUCUCUGUCUGCUCUCCCGCUCUCUGUAAAGUCUGGGAUAUUUUAAUCCCACAUGAACCUGAGAUUCCGAUUUAAUCUGAUCAACCUGGAGAUCUUUGUUGUGCUUUAAUUGAGGAUUAUGUGGAUUAUAUUCCAGAUUAAAUGUUUGAUGUUUGAUGUAAAAUAUCUCAGAUAUGAUGUGGAUCAGUGUUUCUGAAGCCGGUUUAAUCUGAUCAGAUUAAAACCGUCAGAUUGAAUCAGAUCUAAAAUAUGGGUUAAUAAAAUAAACACAAUGUGAUUUUAUUAAUCUGUGCAGUGACAGUGCGGAUUAAAAAGACUUUAUGGAUGUUAAUAAAAUAAAGAAUUACGUCCUCAUAUCUAUAUCAGCCGACAGGAUCUGUGAGUGCGUGGAUUUUGGCAUCCCCUGUGGACAACAUGUGUAGCAUGUAGUUCCAGUUUUAUUUUGAAAAUCAAGACCAAAGUAAUCUGGAUUAUCUGAUCGUAGAAAGUGAAAUCUGGAUCUCUAAAUCCUUCUGAUCUGGCUCCCUCAAAGAUUCAGUUCACUGACCUCUGGGAGCAGAAACACUUGACCUUUGACCUCUCUGUAUCUGCACAUGAUGUGAACUGAUGAUGCGGUCUGCAGGGAGAUCUGUACGGGACGACUGAGAGUCUGAAUAACAAAUACUGAUGUGAUGGUUUGGUCUCAGAUAAGACCACGAAUCACAACGAAUCACAACAUCAAGGUAAAAUUAUUAAAAAGAAACGUGUCUCAAAUAAAA